AUGAAGACGAUGCUAUCGUCAAUAGAUCUUAUUAUAGAGUGUCGAGACUAUCGCGUACCACUUACAUCAAGAAACCCUCAGUUUGAAUCUACCCUCGCGGGUCGGCCGCGGCUUGUAAUCUACACCAAGCGAGAUCUCGGAAGUAAAGACCACCUCGACGAUCGGAGGAGGGAGGAAAUUAUCAAGGAGUGGCACAAACCAUUCGACACUCUCUUCACCGAUCAUAAAAGCAAGCGGGAUGUCAAGACGGUCCUUGCUUAUACGAAAGAACUGGCCGAAAAUGCGCAAUCGCUGCUAGGAACACGGAUCAUGAUCGUCGGUAUGCCUAACGUUGGGAAAUCAUCUCUUCUUAAUGCACUACGAAUGGCAGGUGUGAAGAAAGCCAAAGCAGCAUCCACCGGCGCACAACCUGGCAUCACGAGGAAAAUCGCAAGUGGAGUGAAAAUCAUAGAGAAGGACGUGGAGAGAGGUCUGGAAGGUGUCUAUCUUGUUGAUACACCGGGAGUUUUCGUUCCCUAUGUGCCAGAUGAUGAGGCGAUGUUGAAAUUAGCCUUAGUGGGGAGCGUGAAGGACACUAUUAUUGCUCCGACGACGCUUUGCGACUAUUUACUUUUCCACAUGAAUAAGCAAUAUCAGGGACCAGAAUUAUAUGAACACUACUCAGAACCUACGAAUGAUAUCAAUCUCUUCCUAGAUAGGGUAUGUCGGAAAACUGGGAGACUUGGGAAAGGGGGAGUUCCAGAUUCAGACGCGGCCGCAUUAUGGAUAAUACAACGUUGGAGACAGGGGAAUCUCGGACACUUUGUCUUAGAUGAGGUUAAGGAGGGAGGUUUGGAAGCCAAAAAGGCUGAAAAUAUAAAGGAGAGUCUUAGCCAGGCUAGGAAGAGGAUGAAGGCAGAACAGACUGCCAGGAGUAAAGCCAAGUUUGAAUGA